GUCCUCAUACCGCAUUUUGCACUUCGCCGCAGCUGCCUCUUCAAAAAGGAGGAAUAUGUCAAUUGUCCUUGGCGAAAUUUAACUUAUAAAAUACCAAUAUGUCCGGUGCUGCGCGAAGAAAGCUUGGUCUUACAGGCUUGAAGCCACUAGAAAAUCCUCAUGAGAAACUGACAUUAUGGUACGAGCGUAUACUGCGAGUCCUGUCUAAGAUGCCCCCUCAAGCUGCAUACAGGGUGAAUACAGAGGCUAUUGUCAAAAACAGACUGGCUCUCGUGAAAACGACACCAGAUAUAGCUGCCCUUGAAAAGCAAAUUAACUGCGGAAGCAUCGAGGAAGUUUUCAGACAAGCAGAGCGUGAAUUAUUCCUGGCCCGUAACAUGGUGAACUACAAACCAUGGGAGUCUCUUAUUGCGCAACCUCCGAAGAACCAGUUUCAGUGGCCUCCAGUUUAAACUGACUAUUUAUAUCAGUAAUAUAUGACAUUGUAUGAAAGUAUGAGGAACAUUUAUUUGCGGUUAAAGAAUUGGCAUUUAACAAAAGACUUGCAUUCUUGAUUGUGAUGGUGUCAUAGUAUUUGUCUGUGACAGUGCUGUUUGGGUCUGUGUGAAAAAUAAAAUUUAAUACAAAAGUC